CCGAUUCGCUGAUUGACUGUAAUCGGAGGAAAGGGAACUCACGCUGUUGCUCUCCUUUUAGUGUGAACUAGGCAGGCCAGCACCAUGGCUGCUGCUGGAGUUGCCGUCAAAGAUCUCUGUGAGGAAGCUACUUGCUCCAUCUGCCUGGACUUUUUCAAGGACCCGGUGACCAUCACGGAGUGUGGGCACAGUUUCUGCCAAGCCUGCCUGGCCCAGUGCUGGGGGAAGUCAGACACGGAAACGUGCUGCCCUCAGUGCAGAGAAACCAUCCGGGAAAGAAACUCCAGGCCAAACUGGCAGCUGGCAAAUAUUGUAGAAAUAGCCAAGAAACUUCAGGAGAGUUCAGUUCUUCAGGAGGCAAGGGGGGCAGAAGGGAAGGGGAGAGUCUGUGCGAAGCACCAGGAGCCCCUGAAGCUCUUCUGCAAAGACCAUGAAACUCUCAUCUGCUUGGUGUGUGAUCGAUCCAAGGAGCACGAAGAUCACCAGGCGAUUCCUCUGGAGGAGGCUUCCCAAGAGUACACGGAAAAGGUCCACCACUUCUUGGAGCUCUUGAAGAAGGAGAGAGAGAAAAUCCUUUCACACAAGGCAGAUACCACGAAAGAAAGCCAAGACCUCCUUAAGCAAAUGGAAGCUGAGCGGCAAAAGACAGUGGCUGAAUUUGGCAAACUACGCCAACUUUUGGAAGAACAAGAGAAAUUUCUUCUGGCCCAGAUGGAAGAGGUGGAGAAAGAGAUUGGAAGGAAAAGGGCUGUGCAUGCAGCCAUACUCUCCAGGGAACUCUCCUCUCUUGAAAGUCUCAUCCGGGAGAUGGAGGAGAAGUGCCAGCAGCCAGUGACUGAACUUCUACAGGAUUGUGGAAGCAUCUUGCAGAAGUGUCAGAGAAAACAAUUGUUUCUAAAUCCCGUAGCAUUUUCUCCUGCUUUGAAGUGGAGGAUCUGGGAGUUCUGUGAUAUAAAUGCUUUUCUGGAGGGUGUGAGGAAGCAACUUAAAGGCACUCUAAUAUCUGGACUUCAGCUGCAGAAAGCCAAUGUCACUCUGGAUCCAGAUACAGCCCAUCCUAAACUCAUCCUGCCUGAGGAUCGUAAAAGUGUGAAGCUGGCAGACAAAGCUCAAGAUCUGCUCUACAGCCCUUACAGAUUCAACACAUACACUUUUGUGCUGGGGUGUGAAGGAUUCACAGCCGGCAGACACUGCUGGGAAGUUUUUGUGGGAAGUGAGGGGGAAUGGUCUAUAGGGGUCGCCAGAAAGUCUGUGAAGAGAAAGGGCGAAUUUGAAUCUGGUCCUGAGGAAGGAAUCUGGGAUAUGGGAAUGUGGGGAGAGGCACAUUCCUCCCUCUUUCCCAGGGAGGGCUCACUCUGGCCAUUGUUGCAAGCAGGGCUGCUUCUGAGUUUAGGAGAAGGAAAACUAGCCCCUUUGUGCUGCCCUGUGGAGGUGAAGCCAUGGAUGCCGAGAGCCCCAGGAAGAGGCUUCAGCAUGAAGCGACUUGUCCAGUCUGCCUCAAAUACUUUACGGAUCCAUUGACUCUAGACUGUGGGCACCAUUUCUGCCAAAAAUGUAUUGUUCAGUGCUGGAAGGUGUCUGACGACUCAGAGGAUGCCAAGUGCCCUUGGUGCAGAAAGGCCACUGAGAAGAAAGCCAAGCGAAACAGGCUGCUGGCAAUGAUGGUGGAAAUCUCCAAGCAGCUGAGUUGGUCUGCAAAGGCCGGAGAAAAAGGGCCAGAAUGCGAGAGGCACCAGGAGCCCCUGAAGCUCUUCUGCAAGGAUGACUGAGCUGCCAUUUGUGUGGUGUGCUACAGAUCCAAGGAGCACCGUGAUCACAAUGUGGUCCCUGUGGAGGAGGCUGCCCAGGAGUACAAGAAGGAGACGGGCUGAGAGGGAGAAGACAGCUGCUUGGUCUCAGUAACUACUUUCCUUUGUGGAGAAACACAAGCACCUAUGACUGGCUCAGCUGGCAAAAAUGGAUGAGGUGAUUGUGAAGAGGAAGGAGGAGUACAUCUCCAAACUCAAAGAAGCCAUCUCCUCUCUUGAUAGCAACGCCCUGGAGUUGGAGGAGAAGUGUCAGAAGGCUGAAAGUGAAUUUCUCCAGGAUUUUGGAAGUGGCAUUCCCAGGUAUCCAGUGCAAUACAAGCAUCACUGCAUCACUGGUGAAACCUGUGGAUCCUCCUCCCCAGACAGUGAAAAUUCAGCCACAAAACGAAGAUACUCACCCUGACACUGACAUACCCCUUGUUCAGGAACACAAAAGGAGAAGACUUGAAGAUGUCCAGAACCCUGGGGCUUCUCGGCCUGGAACACCGGAAGAUCUUCUGAACAUAUAGAAUGGGUUCUUAUAGGGGAAAAUACAGAAAGCCCUCUGAACAUAGGAAGUUGCCUUAUACCAAGUCAGACUAUUGGCCCAUCUAGCUCAGGAUUGUUUAAACAGACUGGCAGCAGCUUCUCCAAGGUUGCAGGCAAUUGUCUUUCUCAGCUCUAUCUUGGAGAUGCCAGAGACGGAACUUGGAACUAUCUGCAUGCAAGCAUGCAAGAGAUCUUCCCAGAGCAGCCCCAUCCCUGACAGGGAAUAUCUUACAAUGCUCACAUGUAGUCUCCCAUUCAAAUUCAAACCAGGACAGACCCUACUUAGCUAAGGGGACAAUCUAUGCUUCCUAUCACAAGGCCAAGCCUCUUUGCUAUAGGCUCCUAUAGAACCCUAUAAUGAAGAUUCCUUAUAGAAAAGAAGGCAGUAUAUAAUGCUGUCUAACAUGGGAGAAUAUACAUCUAAGAAAGAUCUAAAUGGUUUGGAACUAGGCUACUUGUCUGCCUCCUCCCACUUGAGUCUGCCUAAGGACUGGCAGGGAGGGCCUUCUGCAUAUAACACUCUCAGGAAUUCAUCUGGGGGCCAUGCUUGGCUAUGGUGCUUGGCUAUGGUGGCUCCUUUUAAAAUGACAAUUCCUUCCCCUCCGCAGUCUGCCCUGCCUUUAAUGACCUUCUUGCAUCUGCUGUAGAUGUUCCAGCAGGCCUUUCUUCCUAUUACUGCCUAAGAAUUAGUGUUUUGUGCAGUAUUAACUUCCUCGGUCUGAUAUUCCCUUUUCACAAUUAGCAAUUAGUAAUUUUUUAAAUUGGGGUUGUAUUUUUUAAUCUUCAAUUUUGUAAGCCACCUUAAAAUAUCUUCUUAGAAAUGCAAGACAGGAAUUUUUAAAUGAAGAUUUGGGAUUGGUCGUUUCAGGGCAAUGUUGAUCCAAGCAACCUGAACACUCUUGGAGUGCUACAUGAGAAGAUACUUCCAGUGUCUUGAGUACGAUGAUACAGACUUUGAAAUGUUGAGAAAAGGCAGGAUUACAUCCCAGCAAAAGUCUCUAAGAAGGGGUGGCUAGCAGUUACCCCUACUAACUGGGCAAAGAGGCACCUUUCUAACAUGGUGAUUCUCUUUACUGAGCAGGUGGAGAGUAAUUGGCCCUAUCUACCCCCAGCACAGUACCUCCAGUGACUGUUGCUGAUGUCUUAGGUUUCUUUUUAGAUUGUGAGCCCUUUGGGGACAGGGAGCCACCUUUUAAAAAUAUAUAUUUCUCUAUGUAAACCGCUUUGGAAACUUUUGUUGAAAAGCGGUAUAUAAAUGCUGUUGUUGUGGUAAAUCUCAUCUAAAGAGCCCUAGGGAAACAGUAUGGGAGGAGAAGGUUAGUGACAGAAAGUCUGCUAUAUUUCUAAGGUUUGGCCAGACAACCUGAACUACUUUCAUAUGUCUGAAAAAUCUGCUGUCUACUUGCUUGAACCCAUGUCCUUGUGCUCAGGUAUUUUCUUCUUGACAGUUUGGAAUAUGUGCUUCCUGAUGCACACCUCCCAAAUAAUUUCCCUCUCUCUUAACCUGCAAGCUUCUAACAACUGUAUAUAGUUACAGGGGCAUUUGGCUCCUGGUCUUGUGGUAGCAAGCAUGACUUGUCCCCUUAGCUAAGCAGGGUCCACCCUGGUUGCAUAUGAAUGGGAGACUAGAAGUGUGAGCACUGUAAGAUAUUCCCCUUAGGGGAUGGAGCUGCUCUGGGAAGAGUCUCUAGGUUCCAAGUUCCCUCUCUGGCAUCUCCAAGAUAGGGCUGAGAGAGAUUCCUGCCUGCAACCCUGGAGAAGCCGCUGCCAGUCUUUGAAGACAAUACUGAGCUAGAUGGACCUAUGGUCUGACUCAGUCUAUGGCAGCUUCCUAUGUUCCUAUGGCCUAUUUCCUGGAGGAGGUAAAGAGAGUGGUUAUUUCCUUCCAAAGCCAGCUGUGAUAAUUCAACACUUCAUGUAGGCCUAAUUCAAUUUUUCCUUUGAAGGGUUGUCACUGGCUCAUCUCACAGCAUGAGCUGGUCUCUUUCCUUCCCUGUUGAUUUACUAUGGUCAAGUAAAAGGGAGCUGGAGGGGAAAUCCUAAAUUCAGAUUAGCCAGAGACCUGGGUUGUAUCAGAUGUGUCUUCUCAUUGGACCUAAGAGCUAUCCACCAUCCUUGGAAAAGUGGGAAGCCUUUAGCCUCUUUAAUUCCUAUGAAUAUUUGAGCCAAUAGCCUAACAAUUUGUCACAAUUUCCCCAUCUGUUAACUUGUGUCUAUGAACUGGGAGAUGCUGUAAAAAUUAAUGCUCUUUCAGCUGAGGUUUUGCCUAACAGCUGAACUAAAGUAAAACCCAUUAUUUAGUUAGAUACUGUUUUAGUUGUUGUUUUAAAUCAUCUGUGUUCUUCUUUACUCCAUUUGUACCUCUUUUCCCUGCCCAUAAUAAAUUUCAUAUACUUAGAA